GUAUUUGCUUAAAAAGACGUUAAGCCAACGGCAGAUUUGAUCGUUUCUGUGUUCAGCUAGGACCAAAACGACUGACACACCCUCUUUUUUUUUUUUUUUUUUUUUUAGAUCACUACUAUAUUUAAGUCGGUAUUAGCGUCCUCUUUAUGCGUGUGAAACGUAUCAUUAGUUAGCAGAUGUUACGGAACGUCAUGACAAGUUAGCUUGCUAGCUGCGAUAGCUCACUAUGUGUCUCUUGGGUGGCCGGGUAAUUAUCUUGACACAUCUUUGGGUCGAAGGUCUUCCUAUAUCUCCCAGGUUGUCGAAGCCGUGAAACUGUGGCUACCUGUCUGUGUUCGCAUCACAAUGUCUCGAAGUCCUGCUGUGGUCAUGCGGCUGGUGGCCUCUGCCCACACUGUGGCUGAAAAGGCCGGGGCCAUUGUGAGGAAGGUCCUUCACAGUGGUGAACUUGGCAUUGUGGAAAAAACCGGAGCUAAUGAUCUGCAGACACUGGCAGACAGACUGGCACAGCAGAGCAUUUGCGCAUCACUGUCCAGAUGUUUCCCCAAAAUCACCAUCAUUGGAGAGGAGGAGCUUCCAGAGGAGGAGAUAAGGGAAGAUCUGAUUGAGAAUGGCCACUCAGAGGAAAUCCUUCAGAAGACAUGUCCUGCAGAAUAUAGGGGGCUGAAAGAGGAGGAGCUAGUUGUGUGGGUUGACCCCCUCGAUGGCACAAAGGAGUAUACUGAAGCGUCAAAGUGUCUCCGUCACCAAACUGAGGCCCAGAUACCACACAAAGGGUCGGACACCUCUCAGCCUCACAGCACAGCUCUCUGUAUGGGAAGGCAACAGCAGGAAACUGAUAGAAAGAUUCACUCUGGCAGGCUCCUGGAUAAUGUGACGGUGCUUAUUGGUAUUGCAUAUGGAGGCAGAGCUAUUGCAGGUGUCAUCAACCAGCCUUUCUACAACUACCAGCUCGGCGCAGGAGCAGAUUUAGGAAGAACCAUGUGGGGAAUGCUGGGAUUGGGUGCCUUUGGAUUUCAGCUGCAGGAAGUUCCAGGUGAUAGGCGUAUCAUCACCACCACACGUUCCCACAGCAACAAGCUGGUAACGGAUUGUGUAGAUGCCAUGGAGCCUCAUGAAGUUAUAAGAGUGGGUGGCGCUGGAAACAAGAUAAUCCAGCUUGUUGAAGGAAAGGCUUCUGCUUAUGUCUUCGCCAGUCCAGGGUGCAAGAAGUGGGACACCUGCGCUCCUGAAGCCAUUCUGCAUGCUGUUGGAGGUAAACUGACUGACAUGCAUGGGAAUGCAUACCGCUAUAAUGCUAAUGUAAAGCACAUGAAUUCUGCUGGCGUUCUUGCUACACUACGCAACCACGAGUACUACGUCAGCAGAGUACCACAGUCAGUGCUGCAAGCCCUCAAGUCACAUUGAGGAUUGCAUCUCACCAACUCGGUAACAACGUAGCGUGAAGUCAACACUCAACAGACUCAAACCACCACCGCACCAUCGUCUGCUGAGCUGCAGAAUGAUGACGACGAUUUCCUUUCAAUCUGCUACUGACUGACAAACUAUAGCUGGCAAGCUACCUCGCUAACCUAAACAGUUGUGAUAAGCAUGCGUGUCGUGACGGUUGUCAGGGACAGGGUUAUACUGAAAGGGGAAAAUGAUGGGUUUAUUGUUUAACUUUCCUGGAAUGUAUUUCACAAACUAGCUAGUGAACACUGUGACUCCACUAUGUCUGCUCAGCUGUGCACACGGCACUCUACUACCUGUGCUGCACGUUGCUGAGAGUACUGUAGCCAUAGCAACGGCCCACAUUUCCCAACAUGCACUGCCUAGUGCUGAAAGCAGUUAAGUUAGCUGCCUACUGUUCCAAAAUGCAAAUGUUUGAACCAUUAGUCAGGUGGCUGUUACAUACACUGUGUGCCAUUAUAGUGACAGUGCACUCUGCUGGAUAAACAUUGUAGUGAGCUUUUCUUUCUGCCUAAUAUACUGAAAAGCAAACAGUUUUAUUUCAGCUCAUGUCGGAUAACGUAUACACGGAUAUAUCUGCAAUAGGCCAAUAUCGGGCUCUAAUUGUGACAUUUUAAACAUUCUCUGCACAGUCCUGUGAAUUUGUAAAAUAAAGUUGUUCCAGUUUAUUUGCCAUAAUAAAGUUUAAGUCUUCAUGGUAAUAAGA